AUGGCCCUAUAUAUGACUAACGAUAGGCAGAUGGCCUUAUAUAUGGCUAACGACAGGCAGAUGGCCUUAUGUAUGGCUAACGACAGGCAGAUGGCCCUAUAUAUGGCUAACGACAGGCGGAUGGCCCUAUAUAUGACUAACGAUAGGCAGAUGGCCUUACAUAUGGCUAGCGACAGGCAGAUGGCCCUAUAUAUGGCUAACAACAGGCAGAUGGCCCUAUAUAUGACUAACAAUGGGCAGAUGGCCCUAUAUAUGGCUAACGACAGGCAGAUGGCCCUAUGUAUGGCUAACGACAGGCAGAUGGCCUUAUAUAUGGCUAAUGACAGGCAGAUGGCCCUAUAUAUGGCUAACGAUAGGCAGAUGGCCUUACAUAUGGCUAACCACAGGCAGAUGGCCCUAUAUAUGACUAGCAAUGGGCAGAUGGCCCUAUAUAUGGCUAACGACAGGCAGAUGGCCUUAUGUAUGGCUAACGACAGGCAGAUGGCCCUAUAUAUGACUAACGAUAGACAGAUGGCCUUACAUAUGGCUAACGACAGGCAGAUGGCCCUAUAUAUGACUAGCAAUGGGCAGAUGGCCCUAUAUAUGGCUAACGGCAGGCAGAUGGCCAUAUAUAUUGCUAACGACAGGCAGAUGGCCUUAUAUAUGGCUAAUGACAGGCAGAUGGCCCUAUAUAUGGCUAGUGACAGGCAGAUGGCCUUAUAUACGACUAACGAUAGGCAGAUGGCCCUAUAUAUGGCUAACAACAGGCAGAUGGCCUUAUAUAUGGCUAACGAUAGGCCGAUGGCCCUAUAUAUGGCUAACGACAGUCGGAUGGCCCUAUAUAUGGCUAACGACAGGCAGAUGGCCUUAUAUACGACUAACGAUAGGCAGAUGGCCCUAUAUAUGGCUAACGACAGGCAGAUGGCCUUAUAUACGACUAACGAUAGGCAGAUGGCCCUAUAUCUGGCUAACGACAGGCAGAUGGCCCUAUAUCUGGCUAACGACAGGCAGAUGGCCCUAUAUAUGGCAAACAACAGGCAGAUGGCCCUCUAUAUGACUAGCAAUGGGCAGAUGGCCCUAUAUAUGGCAAACGACAGGCAGAUGGCCCUCUAUAUGGCUAACGACAGGCAGAUGGCCACUAAUGAGGGAUCGCUAGCCUGCAAAUAUAUAGUGGCUUUUGCCUUCAAAGCCGAACAAAUAGCCUUCAAAACUAACAAAACUUUAAAAAUGCAGUUAACGAUAUCUGCACAGUAA